UCUGUGGUGCUGAUACUCAGCCAGAGAAGAAGAAGGACUUACGGAAGUAGGGCUUCCAAACAGAUUCCCGUUGGAAGAAGAGUAAAAUACAGUAGAUCAUCGCCUUACUUUAAUUAAAGCAAAUUAAAUCUUGGACUUACCAUUUCCCAAUAAGACGAUGGGCACUAGAGAUGAUGAAUAUGAUUAUUUGUUCAAAGUGGUCCUCAUUGGUGACUCGGGGGUGGGGAAGAGUAACUUGCUGUCCCGUUUCACCCGCAACGAGUUCAACCUGGAGAGUAAGAGCACCAUCGGAGUGGAGUUUGCCACGCGCAGCAUCCAGGUGGAUGGCAAGACGGUGAAAGCUCAGAUCUGGGAUACAGCGGGGCAGGAGCGCUACAGGGCCAUCACAUCAGCGUACUACCGCGGGGCGGUGGGGGCUCUCCUGGUAUACGACAUUGCAAAGCAUCUAACUUAUGAAAACGUGGAGCGCUGGCUGAAGGAGCUGAGGGAUCACGCUGACAGCAACAUUGUCAUCAUGCUGGUGGGCAACAAGAGCGACCUGCGCCACCUCCGGGCUGUCCCUACCGACGAGGCGCGGGCUUUUGCUGAGAAGAACGGUUUGUCUUUCCUGGAGACAUCGGCUCUGGACUCCACCAACGUUGAGACGGCCUUCCAGACCAUUCUGACAGAGAUCUACCGUAUCGUGUCCCAGAAGCAGAUGUCGGAGCGCCAGGAGAGCGACAUGUCCCCCAGCAACAACGUGGUCAAUAUCCAGGUGCAGCCCACCGAGAACAAACCAAAGAUGCAGUGCUGUCAGAACAUCUAGCCCAGCUCCGCGGAUCAGCUGCUACCCCCUCCCCCCUCCUAUACCCCCCUCCUCUUUCCACAGUCCUCGCCUCCCCUCCCUCCCCUGGCUCUCACCUCCCGAAGCCCCGCCCUCAGAAAAUAGACUGCCUCAGUGUACUGUUGGUGUGGGAGGGACAAGCCACAGCUUCAGGGCUGUGACCCCCCCCUCUGCAUCUAACCUGUACCUGCCCUAACCCCACCCCCCCCCCCCAGGUAAAUAUAUCCCAGUAUAAGAAGUCACCGCGUGGGGGAGACCCCCCCCAAGCAGAGCCCCCUGUCGUUAGGCUACUGCAGGACAGCAGGCAGCAGGCAGCAGGCAUUUCAUAUCACUUUAGAUUUCAUUAGACGCGCUGACAUGUCACACAGGUCUUAAUCUAUGAAUGUGAUUUCUGUUCCAUACUUUGUGCUCAUGUUGAUUUCUUCACAUUUUUUUAUGAUCUCUAUCUUCUACUAGGUAUAUAUGAAUUUAAAGCACAUCGAAGUUGCUCUGAAGUGUAUUCCCGUAUAAAAGCUUCUCCUCUUCUCAUUUUAUCCCCUCCCCCCCCCCUCCUCUUUAGUGCAAUGUACUGUUUUGGAAACAUGUGGCUGUAUGGAGCGCAGAGUAGACUCUCUGCUCCGGUAGUGUCAUACCAUUUGAUCUGAUUGCUGUGAAUACGAUGCUCUUGAAACGUAAAGAGUUAUUUUGCCGAGCUUCGGUUAGCGCAGUGGGAAGAGUCGGGCGGGAGCGGGCAUGCAGCGCGUCUUCCUUGCGGUAGGGGUCGGGCAGCUUUGCAUGUCUCUGCUGUGCUGCAUGUUUACUCGGAGAAGGACUCAAUCUGGACUCUUUGUAGAACACUAUCAUUGCCUUGAGGGUGUGUGUAAUGUCGUGGUGAAAGCUCAACACAACUCGUGUAUAUUCAGAUUUUUCAUGUUGUACUUUAAGUCUCCGUGUGGCUUCACGCAGAGAAUACUGAGAAUGAUACCCUGAUCGAAGACAUAGUAGUCCUUUUGUUGCUUAGGGGAACAGAAUGCUUCAUUCAUGUUUUGACUACGACUAUGCAGAAACUAGCACUUGGCUGUUUUGAUCUUUUUUCUUAGUGCAAAUGAAGGAAUUAAAAAGCAGAGGAAGUAUGAGAUGUAAUGUUCUUGUGAUACUCAAUGAGAUUAUAAUCAAAAAAUCUCCUGCAAAUUAUACUUAGCAUGUCACCACAGAACUGUAGUUAGGACGCACCUAAGAAAUAGGACAUGUCUUUCACCCUGUAGGCUGCUUUCAUGAACGUCACAACCUUGCACCGAUCGUUAAUACAUGCUUUCUUGUCUAGGGUUAGAUUUUUACUGCACAAGGAGAAUCUGGACCUCUUGUCAGAUAAUAUGAACCGCUGUUAGGACGGUGCCACUUAUCAAAAACCAAAAUAUGGCCUGAGUCUCAAACAUCUUUCCUUUAAAUCCUCAAACUAACAAAAAAAGGCUUGAUGACGAGGUGAGGAAUCAAGGAAACACUUUAGGGAUUCAGACACAUCCUUGCCAACUUCUGGUCACAGUGCCUCCUUCACCUGUCCCGACACGCCUCUCAUCACCUGCUAACAGCUCACCUUCAUCAUCCUCCUCCACCAUGAACCCCGCUCCUGGUGUUGUCCCCGUCACAUUAAGCCUACGUACACCGAGCUGCCUCUGACUUCAACACGAUGCAUGGCUUUCUGUUACGACUGCAACUCAGUGUCGUAUCGCCUUACGUAGCUAUCAUUACUGUCCAUGAAAUCCACUGAGGGUUAGCUAAUAGAUGUGUCCAGAUGCCUCACUAACAACCUACUUUGCUUAAAAAUAACCUCCCGAGUGUGUGUUCUGUUGAGUUUCCAGGUAAUAGCUGUGACCGUGUGUGGUGGUGUUAGCAGACAUACUGUGUGUGUGUGUGUGUGUGUGUGUGUGUGUGUGUGUGUGUGUGUGUGUGUGUGUGUGUGUGUGUGUGUGUGUGUGUGUGUGUCUGUGUGUGUGUGUCUGUGUGUCAAGGGUGGAUGGGUAGCUCCGGAGUGUGUGAGCCUGGCUGGCGGUGCCAAUGGCGUUUCAUAGAACAGAUGGCGCCGCCAGCCGAAGCCCCCCCCACACUCACGGAGCUGAGGAUAAAGUGAUUCCUUUCUUCUGAAAAUAUGAUUUCUGAUUCAUGUACCUCCAUUGUUCUGUGUAUUUUAUUUUAAAUUGUGUUUUUUGAUUUCUUUUUUUUACUAUAUUGAACUCUAUACUGACUGUAAUUCCAGUGAAAACGUGUUAAGAGUGAAAUGAUGUCAUUUCACUGAAUUUGGAGGGUUAAAUGUGAGGGGGGUCAAAAUGAAUGGUUUUAUGUUUUUGUACAGAUUGAUAAAUUGUACAAUUGUGUCUAUAUCUUAAGUUAUCAGUUCAUCUUAAUAAAGCGCACCAGUCUUAAACCUUUAUAUAAUCUUGUAUUUUACUUCACAGUUCUAACAUGAUUCAACUGUAAAACAAUGAA